AUGUGCAGCAUUGUCUACGAUCAGGAAGUGCUAGCAGCGCCGCCCAAGCAUUUGGAUGUGCCCUUCUUCGAGGAGGUGCUGGAGACAGCGAUGCGCACUUCCCAUGUCCAGCUGCUGGGGAUUCACUGCGGCCUGGGCAGCAGCACCGGCGAGAACUAUUGCAGUCAAAUCUAUCGCGUCAAAUUGACCUACAGGCGACAAGAUGGGACGACCGCUGAGAAGGACCAGCAGUUGGGUGUGAUUGUGAAGAGCAUACCGCGCAUCGACUCUGUGGAGUUCAUCGCGGACUUGCAGGUGUACCUAAAGGAAAAGAUCACGUACUACGAACUGCUGCCACGACUCGAACUGCUGAUGAAAUGCAAAAGACGCUUUGGCCCCAAGCUCUAUCAGUGCAUGAAACAGCCAGAGAACACGUUGGUCUUCGAAGAUCUUGGCCGGCUGGACUAUAUGAUGGGCUCACGGGAAACGGGCUUGGAUGAGGCGCAUGCUGGUCUGGUUAUGGAACGACUAGCGGAAUUCCAUGCCGCCUCAAUGGCGCUGGCAGUGCUGGACCCGGAAAUCUUUAAGGCCUAUGGCGAUGGCAUGCUAUCACCACAUGGCCUGAACAAAGACGACGGCCUGCUGAUGCGUUUCUUUGCCGGCAAUGGACAACAGCUGCAUAAGCUGGUCAGCAGCUGGCCGGGCUAUGAGCGCAUUGCGGGCAAAAUAGGCAAAUACAUGGAGCAGCAGCGGGUGAAUUUGGUGCGUGCCCAGGCGCCAGUGGACAAGGAGAUCAAAGUGCUAAAUCAUGGCGAUCUGUGGGUGAACAAUAUGCUAUUCAAGUACAAUGGAACGCAGCAGCUACAGGAUGUGAUCUUCAUAGACUUUCAGCUGAGUGUUUGGGGCAGUCCCGGCAUAGAUCUGAACUACUUUUUCUACACCAGCCUGAGCUUGGAUGUGCUCAAGCACAAGCGGCCGCAGCUGGUCAAAGUCUAUCAUAAUCGUCUGGCCGACACGUUGCUCAAUCUGGAUAUGGGCGUGCCGGUGCCCAGCUAUGAGCAGCUGCUGGCCGAGGUGCACCGGCGAGAGAGCUAUGGGUUUUUCGCCAAUUACGGUAUACUGCCUACAAUUAGCCAGGACAAGGCCCAAACCGCGGACAAUAAUCUGGAGAGCUUCAGCGACGCAGAUUUUGCCCAGAAGAAAACCGAGCAAAUGUUUGCCUCCAAGCGUUUGGCCGAGACGCUGCGCUAUACUUUGCCGCAUUUCGAGCGAGCGGGUGUUUUGGAUUAAAUAAUAAGAGUAGAUGGGUGCGCACUCACCUGGAGAAGUGUUUUAGCUUAGUUUACAUAUAUUGCACAUGUAUUUACAAAUUAAAAUAGUUUUCCAAUAAAUUUACGCGCACUUUUCAAUUUUUCACUUGUUGCUUCUCUUUCGCAGUUACCGUUGCACAGCA